UCUUCGAGUAGGAGGGAUAUAAAUUAGAAAACAAAACUCGAUAGUUCAGUGUCAAUUUCUGAAACCGUGACAGCAAGCAAAAAUUCAUCAUUUAUUGACAUGCUUUUUGUUUCAUUACCACACCAGUGAGACAUUUUCUAGAAUAGAUUUUGUUCUUAAGAAGUAUGUCAAGCAAACGUGUUGUAGUAACUGGAGCAUCUGGACUUCUUGGUAGAGCCGUUUUAGCAGCCUUCGAGCAGUCAAAAUGGACAGUUAUGGGAACAGCAUUUAGUCGAACAGGGACAAACUUGGUACAGGUUGACAUCUGCAACAAGGAAAAAACUGAGGAUAUUAUAAGGAAUUUUAUGCCUAAUGCCAUUGUCCAUUGUGCAGCGCAAAGGUUCCCUGACAAAGUUGAACAAGAUGUGGAUGGUACUAUCAGGUUAAAUGUAGCUGCAACUAAAAAUUUAGCUAAUUUAGCAGCUGAACUAGGUGCCAUUAUGAUUUACAUUAGUACAGAUUAUGUGUUUGAUGGAACUAAGCCUCCAUAUUCAGAAUCUGAUACCCCAAACCCAUUGAACAUAUAUGGCAAAACAAAGUUACAGGGUGAGCAAGUAACUCUUGAAGCAAGCCCAAAUCACAUUGUUCUACGAGUUCCUGUAUUAUAUGGACCAGUUGAAUACUUGGGAGAAAGUGCGGUGACUGUUCUUCUACAGCUCUUUUAUGAUUCAGAAGGAACUAAACUUGUGUCAGACAGUGAAAUCCGCUAUCCGGCGCAUGUGGACGAUGUUGCCUCAAUAUGCGUUGACCUUCUCGGGCUGAAAAAAACCAAUGCGGCCGUGAAAGGAAUUUAUCAUUGGGGUGGAAAAGAAGCCAUGACAAAAUAUGGUAUGGUACGGGACAUAGCAAGUGUUUUCCAAUUGCCGAUGAGCCAUAUUAGACCUGAUCCUAAUCCCAGUCAAGGAACAUUGAGGCCUCAAAACGCACAGCUUUCAAACGGAAAAUUGGAAAAUUUGGCUAUUGGGAAACACACACCAUUCCGCGUGGGUAUUGAGGCAGUUCUCGCUGGUUGGGUUCAAAGUAAAAAACCUGAAGGGCCCUGAAACUAGCGACACGUACUGUUUGUUUUGAUGACACUAGCUAGUAAUUGUUUAUCCAAGGUUGUGCAAAAUAUUACGGUUGGGAAAAU